AUGGAUGUUCGCAUUGUUUUCAUUGUUUUGGUUUUUUUCUCAAUUCAAGUGUGCACUAUUUCAGCUAAAUGGAGAGAACGAUGGAAUGUCAAGAGUUCCUUUCCAGCAUCCAUGGCCACUCAGCUAAUCCAGCGGAUUUCUUCGACCCAAAAGCCCUCGAAGCGUAUUAGCUCCAGUCAACAACACAAUCCAAGUCAAAUCAAUUUUUUAUCUGGAUCACGUUCCCAGCCAAGUCUUGAUAUCGGAAUGCCUGGCGUGUCAAUUAACCGUCUCGUUGAUACGUCACGAUAUCAGAGUAGCACGAGAAAUAGACUCAGCGACACUCACGGUAAUGAAAACACAGAACCCGAAGCAAUCCCGCCUGUGAAGCCGGUCCACUCUAGACAUUCUUCUCACGUGCUGAGAGCUAAACCUCAUCCGUGGUUUCCGACAUUAACUGCGAAUGCGCUGGAAGAUGAUUCCUAUGUAAGAGCAUUAGAAUUGUCAAGGCUUCCGUGUCAAAAAUUGGAGGAUCCCACCGAUUGUUACGAUUUCAGCCGUUUGUUUCCUAGCAACCAACAACUCGGCUUGGAAUAUGAUGCUCAUUCUGCUGGUGAAGGUUUGAAAAAUAGUCCUACGUCGAGUGCUUUAGAUUUCUCUCUCUUUCACCUACUUCAAAUCAAAGAAGAUGUCCGCUUGCAAAGUCCAUAUUUGUUCUUUUCGCCAAAUAAUAUUGAAUUUACUGUUCAAUAUAUAAGACCGAGUGCAUCCAUAUCAUGA